GUUCCAGAAUGACUUCUGCCGUGGUCUUUGUGUUGUUGGUUUUUCUGGGACUGACAAGUGGCCAUACGGGUAUCAAUAUUGCUAAAGGUGGGAAAGUGUAUCAGUCCUCAUUGGCGCAUCAUGGCGCUCCAGAAAGAGCUGUUGACGGAAAUCGUGCAAGCCAAUGGAAAGAUAAAUCCUGUACCCACACAAAGAACGAUCUUAGUCCAUGGUGGAGACUAGAGCUUGAGAAGACCUACAAGAUCCACAUUGUCACCAUCACCAACAGAAAAGACUGUUGCUCCGAUAGGAUCAAUGGAGCGGAAAUCCGCAUUGGAAAUUCACUUGAAGACAAUGGCAAUGCGAAUCCCAGAUGCGCUGUGAUUACUUCAAUCUCACCUGGGGCAUCUCAAAUCUUUGAUUGUAAGGGAAUGAUAGGCCGCUAUGUCAACAUUGUGAUCCCAAACAAGAGGGAGUACCUGACUCUGUGUGAGGUGGAAGUGACCGGGGAUGAAACAGGUAUCAAUAUUGCUAAAGGUGGGAAAGUGUAUCAGUCCUCAUUGGCGCAUCAUGGCGCUCCAGAAAGAGCUGUUGACGGAAAUCGUGCAAGCCAAUGGAAAGAUAAAUCCUGUACCCACACAAAGAACGAUCUUAGUCCAUGGUGGAGACUAGAGCUUGAGAAGACCUACAAGAUCCACAUUGUCACCAUCACCAACAGAAAAGACUGUUGCUCCGACAGGAUCAAUGGAGCGGAAAUCCGCAUUGGAAAUUCACUUGAAGACAAUGGCAAUGCGAAUCCCAGAUGCGCUGUGAUUACUUCAAUCUCACCUGGGGCAUCUCAAAUCUUUGAUUGUAAGGGAAUGAUAGGCCGCUAUGUCAACAUUGUGAUCCCAAACAAGAGGGAGUACCUGACUCUGUGUGAGGUGGAAGUGACCGGGGAUGAAACAGGUAUCAAUAUUGCUAAAGGUGGGAAAGUGUAUCAGUCCUCAUUGGCGCAUCAUGGCGCUCCAGAAAGAGCUGUUGACGGAAAUCGUGCAAGCCAAUGGAAAGAUAAAUCCUGUACCCACACAAAGAACGAUCUUAGUCCAUGGUGGAGACUAGAGCUUGAGAAGACCUACAAGAUCCACAUUGUCACCAUCACCAACAGAAAAGACUGUUGCUCCGACAGGAUCAAUGGAGCGGAAAUCCGCAUUGGAAAUUCACUUGAAGACAAUGGCAAUGCGAAUCCCAGAUGCGCUGUGAUUACUUCAAUCUCACCUGGGGCAUCUCAAAUCUUUGAUUGUAAGGGAAUGAUAGGCCGCUAUGUCAACAUUGUGAUCCCAAACAAGAGGGAGUACCUGACUCUGUGUGAGGUGGAAGUGACCGGGGAUGAAACAGGUAUCAAUAUUGCUAAAGGUGGGAAAGUGUAUCAGUCCUCAUUGGCGCAUCAUGGCGCUCCAGAAAGAGCUGUUGACGGAAAUCGUGCAAGCCAAUGGAAAGAUAAAUCCUGUACCCACACAAAGAACGAUCUUAGUCCAUGGUGGAGACUAGAGCUUGAGAAGACCUACAAGAUCCACAUUGUCACCAUCACCAACAGAAAAGACUGUUGCUCCGACAGGAUCAAUGGAGCGGAAAUCCGCAUUGGAAAUUCAAUUGAUCACAAUGGCAAUGCGAAUCCCAGAUGCGCUGUGAUUACUUCAAUCUCACCUGGGGCAUCUCAAACCUUUGAUUGUAAGGGAAUGAUAGGCCGCUAUGUCAACAUUGUGAUUCCAAACAAGAGGGAGUACCUGACUCUGUGUGAGGUGGAAGUGACCGGGGAUGAAACAGAUGAAGAAUCUGAUGAGUUUAUCUGCAACUGAGUCCGACACAUCUAUUGAUACAUUUGGGCACCAGUCUACUUCAGUCAGAAGCUAAUAUAUGCAUGCCACAGCUUUUCCCCUUUAAUAACAUGCCUUUGCUGAUGAUCAAUGGCCGUUAAGUUUCAAUUUAAUCAACUCAA